CUCUCUCUCUCUCUCUCUCUCUCUCUCUCUUCUUCUUCUUCUUCUUCCUCCUCUUCUUCCACCAAAUAUCUCUGUUGAAAGUCUGCAUAAUCUCCAAAACCAGCGGUCCAUUUUCAUCAAAACAACCGAACCCAACUCAACAAUGGGUGGCUGUUCUGCCUCAAAGCUACUGGACCAAGACUAUGACGACAACGAUGUUGUCUCCCUCUGCCGAGAGCGGAAACGCCUCAUGAAAUUGGCCAUUGACCGCCGCUACACACUCGCCGACUCACAUUGCAAGUACAUCCACUCUCUCUAUACCGUUGCGGCCGCUAUCCAUCUAUUCGUGGGCCGCCACACCUCCCCUUCCCCCUUCCUCAUCACACUCCCCCCUCCAAUCUCUUCUUCUACCUCCCUUCCUCCCUCUUUCUCCAAGCACUCGCUCCCACCGCCUCAGUCGUCAGAUUCAACCCAAGACCCACCUGUCAGCAUAUCUCACACUUCUUCCUUUUCUACAUCAUUGUCUGAAGAGGGAGAAGAGGCAGACGUUGAGGGAAUGGAAAGAGAAAGAGAAGAAGAAGAACAAGUGGAGGAGGAGGAGGAGGAAGAAGAAGAAGAGAAGGGAUGUGGGUAUGUUUGUAGGGGCAUGGGCAUGGGCAUGGACAGGGCAUCACCGCCAAUGCCGUCACCUGCGAGAGACUUUGGGUGGGAUUUCUUCAACCCAUUUGAAGGGGUGAGAGGGGAGUCCGCUACGGAAUCAAUGAUGAUGAUGGGAGGAUUGAACAGGAGCUCUGAUGAGGAUUUGAGGGUGGUGAGAGAGGAGGAAGGAAUUCCAGAGCUGGAAGAGGAGGAGGAUAGUGAGAGAAAGGUGGUGGUGGGUGUUGAAGAGGAUAACAGUGGGGUCGAGGUGGUGAAGUUGGUGACUGGCAAUGGUGGUGGUGGCAAUGUAAGUGGGAGGAUGGAGCAGCAACAACAGAAGGGUUUGACAGUGAUAGAGACCCCAGCAAGAGAGAGGGAGUUGAUGGAGGCAUUGAAGGAUGUCGAGGAUCAUUUCAUUCGGGCUUACAAUUCGGGAAAGGAUGUUUCAAGAAUGCUCGAGGCUAAUAGAGUUCACCUUCAGUCUGGUUUGGAGGAAAUCAGAGAGAAUUCAUCGAAACUCAUUCACACUAUCACGUGGCAUCGGUCUACUUCCUCUCAAUCUUCAUCCUAUAAAAGUUAUCUCGCUUCCAGCUCCAAAGACAGUACAUGGACAGAAUAUAAGAAUGACCUUUUUGAAGACUAUGGUGGAAUGGAAUCCGGGAGUCAUUCUCUCACACUUGGAAGGCUAUACGCUUGGGAGAAGAAGCUUUAUGAUGAAGUGAAGGUGGGAGAUAGCACACGGCGAACUUAUGAGCGGAAAUUCACACAGCUUAGAAACCAGGAGGCCCGGGGAGAUGACCCAUGUACUGGAGACAAAACAAGGGCUGCAGUGAAAGAUCUAUAUACAAGAAUAUGGGUCUCUAUUCGGACAGCAGAGUCAAUAUCCAAAAGAAUUCAGAAACUGACAGAUGAAGAAUUGCAGCCACAGCUUAUUGAGCUACUAAGAGGCCUCAUGAAAACCUGGAAGGUAAUGCUAGAAUCACACGAAACCCAGAAUCAUAUCAUGUUUGAAGUGAAGUCUUUUACAAGCACCGUAUAUGGGAGGUUCUGCGGCGACUCCCAUCGCCAUGCAACUCUUCAGCUGGAGGCUGAACUUCAUAACUGGCGUGAAAGAUUCACUGGCUACAUGGCUGCGCAGAAAGCAUAUGUUGAAGCUCUCGAUGGGUGGCUGUCCAAAUUCAUUGUCCCUGAAGUCGAGUUCUAUUCUCGGGGCAGGUCUACAGUUCUGCCCUAUCAAGUUGGAGCGCCUCCAUUACUAAUAAUCUGUCACGACUGGUUGAACUCACACGGGAAGUUGCCAGAUACAUCAGUUGUGUAUGCCAUGAAGAGUUUCAGUAAAGAUGUCAGGGCUUUAUGGGUUCAGCAAGGAGAAGAGCGGCAACAGAAGAGGAAGGUUGACAGCUUGGCCAAAGAACUUGACAGGAGGGCAGUGGCAUUUCAGAGAGUGGAGAACAAGAUUCUAGAGUCCAAGCUUUCAGAACUGAAAGCAGAACCGGAUGUUCGACAGAGGAUGGAGUACUUGGCUGGGAGAAAGGAUCUGUUAGAUAUGUUCAGGACGAGGCUGGACUUGGAGAAAGUAAAGCAUCAUAAUUGCAUGCAGGAGACGCAGCGGAUCACAUUGAAUGGGUUUCAGACAGGGUUGACCUCUGUCUUCAGUUCACUUGCGGAAUUCUCCAAGGCUUCGCUAAAUAUGUAUAAUGAGCUUGUGAUGUUUAAUGAGAAAGCGAACUUGUCAGAUGAGAAGGAUGGGAAGCCAUCUUGCAUAGAGAGUUGUCAAGUUGAAGUAGACAGCAGAUAAGAUGAUCUGUAGCGUCGAGCAGCUUUGACCAGGGAGCCAAUGUGUAUAUUAUUAGGUGUUGAAGGAAGAACUGAUUGAUGGUAUGGCCCACUGAGACAUUUGUAGAAGGCUUUGCAGGGGCACCAGCAGCCAAUUGUUUAGUAUUAUUGGUAGAUUGUAUUUAUUUCUUCCCGUGUUAUUGCAGAUUGGCAAAGCUUAUUUCCUGAUUUUGAACCUUCCCAUGGUGAGAAAGCCACAAGCCGUGUAAAAGGUGGGCAAACCCUGCUGUAAGUAGUGGUUUCCUUUAAAUGUAUGUACCUGGAAUAUACUCUUCUUGUCUCCCAUCAUUUAGAUUGUGGGUUCUUUUCAGAA